AAUCUUUUGUGUUCAAAUCUUUCAUUACAGCAAGAACAGCGCUAGUUCAGCUUCAGCGCCAAAACGUGACGAUGUAUUUUGCUAUGAUAACUCUGAGUACAGCACUGUUGAUUCAGGCCCAAGAGAGUCCUCGUUUGUUCUCCAUGGAAUCAGCAGGACUUGGGGAUACUGUUACCCUUCAUUGUGAAGCUGAGCAAAGCGAUUGCAGUAAUUUAUACUGGUACAAGCAAUGCCUUGGAUGUUUUCCCGAAAUGGUUGCUUCGAAAGUGUAUCAAUUAGUUACAACGAAGCCUCACAUUAAUUUAACAUUGAUAGAGGUAGAAGGUGCUUGGGUCUUUAAUCUGAUCAUUCAAAACGUAACUAAAGGUGAUGAAGCAAACUAUUUCUGUCAACAAUACUCACGUGCUUAUUGGAAUAAUGGCACCUUUCUGUCCAUCAAAGAUGAAAAUCAUAGGUUUGUCUCCCAGACUGUGGUCCAACAGACUGUGUCUGCAUCAGCUCAGCUGGGAGACCCUGUGGCUCUCCAGUGCUCUAUUACCUCCCAGAGGACGGACCACAGUAACCAGUGCCAAGGGGAACCCAGUGUGUACUGGUUCAGAUCAGGACCAUCUCACCCUGCUGCCAUUUACAUGAAUGGAAACAGGAGUGGUGAAUGUCAGAAUAGUUCUGGGCCUCCGUCGGCUCCACAGAGCUGUGUCUACACUCUCCCCAAGAACAAUGUAGACUCCUCUGAUGCUGGGACUUACUACUGUGCCCUGGCAGCAUGUGGGGAAGUUUUGUUUGGAAGUGGAACUAAACUGGAGAUAACAGAACCCAACGGGCAUCUUGUUACCAUGGUGCUCGGAAUACUGUUGGCUUGUUGUCUGGCUGUGAUCACAAUCCUCUUUCUAACCAGAAAUCAAAAGUAUGUUUGUGAUCAUCGCAAAGGAACUCUGAGUGCUUCCUUCCAUGUUCCACGUGACUCACAGAUUCAGAAACAACAGGAUGGGGAAACAAAUUCCUUGAACUAUGCAGCGUUGGAGUUCUCUGGCAGGAAAACCAAAGGAGGGAAGAAGAACACUGAAAGGAAUCAGGAGAGUGUUUAUUCUGCUGUGAGAGAAACCUGACACUGAAGUUCAUCAACCUGGGAGUUUGUAUCACCUCAUGAGGCUAAAGGAGGUGAUAAUGGUAGUAUUAAUCAAGACAUGCUUAUUAUUAUAUAUAGAUAGUAUAUUGAUUGUUACUUAUGUUUCGCGAUGUCGCUCUUUGUGGAUCAUAAACAGCAAAUUGUUCAUAAUUUGUGAUGUAUUUUGGAAGCCUAUCUUGUUGAUGUGCAGCAGUACAUGGCCAUGAAUAGAAUAUUAAGCAGUUUACAAAUCUUGAUGCCUAAAAUUACACUUCACAAAUGAAAAAUAAGAGACAUAGAAAUGAGUAAAAAAAUAGUAAAAUGGACAGGAUGACAUGCACAGGAAAUACAUAGUACUGACACAGCUUGCACAGGUUGAGCACUCACAGAGCAGUGAUGCUUUGCAGCUAAAACCACAAGCAUAAGGUCACAGCACUAAAUCAUUAUAUAGGCUGCACCUUUUAUAUCUCAGAGCUCAAACUUUUGAUAUCGAUUACGUUGAUCUUGUGCCCACCCAACAUUUUUUUAUCAUGCGUGAAUAACAACACAAGGUCUUACAUACAGUAGACACACACAAAUCUAGUCAAAUAUUUCCAUUGCUGCAACGCUUGCGUGUCUUUCUUUGGUGACUAGUUAGACCAACUACAGCAAGUAGGAAGGGAACUGUGAAAAGGAGAAAGGUCCAAAGGUGCUCUCAAACUGUGAAGAUGAAAUCCCCAUUUUUUACCACAUGAUGUCAUGUUGUUGAGCCAUUUCAGAAUAUAUCCCUUUGUGACAUCACAGUGUGGGAGCGUCCACUCGGCUGGGAGGAGUGGAUUGGUGGUCUGCAUCAUCUGGUAGAUGUGAGUUGAUCUGUGUGUCACACAUCUGAUUGGACACUCCCACUUGUAUGAUGUCUCAAAGUUCUACAUUUUGAAAUGGCUCGUCAACCAGAUGCGGGCUGGUAAAUAGGGACCAAAUAUAGAACCAUACAAGACUAAGAUAGCUGAAAAAUCUAAAAAGUAAAAGAAAAACGGUGCAUGCGCUGCACAUAACAAUUGACAAGACAUCAGUGGUUGUGUAUGAAUGAUUGGUGAUGGGACUCUAUAAUGAACUGAUGUUGCAUCUGAUGCUCCCUGCAGUAAAUUAUGAUCCCACGUGAAUAAUAUUAAGAUAAUAAAAUAUCUGAAUGUCAUUUUAUCAACAAUUGUAAUAAGAUGGUAGCAAUUUUUGAAAUGUACUGAAUCAAUAAAUUUGACUCUAUUGAAAAGAAAAUACAAAAAUUACAAAUUGAUCAAGUCAACAUUCUUAGUUCACUCACACAAAUAUAGCCGUCUAUGUUCAGUCAGUGAUCUGAAAUGUAUGUCCAUUGCAUUGUUGGUUUCUGAAGAACCUCAGCAGCACAUCCUGUUGAUACCUGCAGCCUCACGCCUAAGAGUUUCAGUGGUGCGUGUAAAACAGAGACAGGGCCAGCCACAGCCCUCGCCUCUCAGCUCAUCUGAUGCUUGGGGCCACGCUCUCUUUUUCCGACCCAGUGGUAAAAGAAAUAACAAGAGAGGAAGUGACCCUAAAAGCUGUUGUUGAAUCUAAGAAGGACACUUGAUAGUCACUGAGGCUAGAUCACACGCAGAUAAUAAAACAACUUCCUGAGAAGGGGUUCUAGUGAACACCAUAUUUCCACAUUACCCCCUUCCGUCCCCCAAAGUUAAAGCGUGGGAGGACGUGUGAAAGUCCUGAAGGAGCCCAACUGGAGGGGCAAAUGGUUAGCUGCCGAGACAAAUGGUUAGCUGAGGGGGCAAACGGGUGAGUGGAGGGGUAAACAGUUAGCUUGAGGUGGCAAAUGAGUGUCGGAGGGGCAAAUCUUUGGCUGGAGGGGCUAGCCGUCUGACCCAAGGGGCGCAUUGUGUGACCACAGGAGCAGCGGUCAGGUGGGAUGGAGCAGGCACCUUACGCAGGCUGCGGGCAUACCACCGAGACCCGUCUGUGAGCUUUUAGGAAGCCAUCCUGGGGUCGAUAAUCUCUGACCCAGUCCAACACCCCCGUUAGCUGAUGGCUUGAGUCUUUGUUUCCUGUCAAACCUUUUUUUCCGUCAGCCAAAAUAUAUGAACGUGAACUGCACAUCACAAAAAACAAGGUGGAUCAUUGGCUCGCUUCAUUCAGUGUCUCUGGGUUUCAGCCAAUCACAGUUGGUCUACGGUAUGUAAAUGGAAUAUUUUACGUUCAAAUCUUUCAUUAGAGCGAGAACAGCGCUGGUUCAGCUUCAGCGCCAAAACGUAACCAUGUAUUUUGCAAUGAUAAUCCUGAGUACAGCACUGCUGAUUCAGUCUCAGGAGGAACCUCGAUUGAUCUUUGUGAAAUCAGCAGGACUUGGAGAUAAUGUUACCCUUCAUUGUGAAGCUAAAGACAAGAAUAUGAAUUAUUUAUACUGGUACAAGCAAUCUCCUGGAUACU